AUGUCAGAUAUACCGGCUACUCUAUUUAUCAAAUCCAGAAGUAAUAUUACAGCUUUAAAACAACCAAAAGAAAUCGGGUGUUAUUCAAGAAAAUCUAAAUCAAUAAUAUCAACAUCAUCAUCACCGACAGAUUCUAAUAGUAUUACCGCCGUUAAGAGUAAAAUUUCCGUACAUUAUGAAGCCAGCUAUUUAAUUAAUGAUCAUUCGUAUUUAAAUUACUAUUAUUUGCCAGAUGCAGACGUUGAUAAGAGAGUUAUUAAAUUGUCAACUGGUUUUACCAAGUUUAAAAAUGCUACUCCUAUCAAUGAUUGCUCGUUGGAUGGGUUAUUAAAAACAAUUAUUGAAUUAGAAAAAGAAAAAAAAAAGAAGGGGUCUUCGAGCAAUAGGUACGGUAAUUAUGACAUAAUUACAUUUAGAGGUAUAAUAAAAUCUUUGAUAAUGUGUUUUAACAAUAAUCCGUAUAAUAAUCCCAUUAACUUACAGAUUUGUACUUUUGAUAACCAAAUUUUUAUAAAAAACAUAGAUGAAAGCCACAGUAACAAAGAAACAGAACUUACGAAAGAAAAUUUGUUUUCGCAAAAAAUUCUGUAUUCUGGUUAUAAAUUUGAAAGUUGUUGCACAUUACCUGAGCCAUUGCCGUAUGUUACUAGGGAGAAAUUGGAGAAAAGAUACAAAAAAGUUGCCAGUAACGAUGAGCAAUACAUUUCGAUUGUUAAAACAGGAAUCAGUUCCUUUAAAUUGAUUUUAGCUGGAGAGGUAGACGCUGUAUAUGAUUUUUAUGAAGAUUCGCCACAAAAUGGAGACAAUUUAAAGCAUUAUCUGGAAUUGAAAAGUAGCACCCAAAUUAUUAAUCAGAAUCAGGGCAGAAAAUUUGAAAACAAGUUAUUUGGUGCGUGGUUACAAUGUUUCCUAAUGGGUAUACCAAGGAUUACCUAUGGUUAUAGAGACGAUGAGUUUAAUUUGAUUGCAGUUGAAGAAUUUCAAACGGUUGAGAUCCCGGAACUUUUUAAAAACCAAAAUUCGAACUUACAAGCUUAUUUUGUAGAUUGUAUCAAGUGGUACGGAUGCGUUAUGGAGUGGUUGAUGGCUAAUAUUGACAAGAGCCAAGAUGAUAAUUAUUAUAGAUUAUGGUAUCAAGAUAAUCAUUUAAAAUUGGUAAAAAUUGCAUCAGAUAGCGAGGAGAUUAGCAAGUACAAAUAUAAUGAAAUAGUAUCAAAGGAGUUUAGAGAGUGGAGAAAACCUCGGUCAGAAUAG